AUGUCUAAUUGGUUGGGAUUCUCUCUGUCUCCUCAAGAUCAACAAAACCCUCCUCAAAGUUUAUCAUGCUUUGAUCUCCCUUUUGAUUCAGCCAUUCCAAUUCUUGACUCAAACCCUCACUCUCAAGAUUGGAAGAUGAAUGAUCUGAACACGAAUAUAGUCUCACGCAGCAGCAGCCAAAACUUGGAAGAUAAAAACAGGCCUAAACUAGAAAAUUUUCUUGGUGUAAAUCAUCAAGAGCACAAAAAUCAGCUUACUAUGCAUGAAGAUUCAGCUUCAAAUAAUGGAAACAACGGUAACAAAAUGGGAAAUGCAGCAGUAGAAUCUGUGCCAAGGCGAUCUAUUGACACAUUCGGACAAAGAACUUCGAUCUACCGAGGUGUAACAAGGCAUAGAUGGACAGGGAGAUAUGAAGCACAUUUGUGGGAUAAUAGUUGCAGAAGAGAGGGACAAAGCCGGAAAGGAAGGCAAGUCUACUUAGGAGGUUAUGACAACGAAGACAAAGCUGCUCGAGCUUAUGAUUUGUCAGCACUUAAAUACUGGGGAACUACCACCACUACCAAUUUUCCUAUUAGUAACUAUGAGAAAGAAAUUGAGGGCAUGAAGAAUAUGACAAGGCAGGAAUUUGUAGCAUCAAUUAGAAGAAAAAGCAGUGGAUUCUCUCGUGGAGCAUCCAUUUAUAGAGGAGUUACAAGACACCAUCAGCAAGGGAGAUGGCAAGCAAGAAUAGGUAGAGUUGCAGGCAACAAAGAUCUCUAUCUAGGCACUUUCAGCACUGAGGAGGAGGCUGCAGAGGCCUACGACGUCGCAGCAAUCAAAUUCCGUGGCCUGAGCGCAGUCACAAAUUUUGAAGUUAACCGGUAUGAUGUGAAGAGCAUACUUGAGAGCAGCACUCUCCCCAUACGGGGCGCUGCAAAGCGCCUUAAAGACGCUGAAAAUGCAGAGAUGGCUAUGGACCUUUACCGUGCCAGUGAGAAAAACUUGAACAUGCACCUUACAGAGGGACAGAUGAGUGGAUUUGGGAGUGCCAACACCCAUCAAUGGCCGACCGUGGCAUUCCAGCAAUCUCAGCCUUUGAGCAUGUACCCUUAUGCUCAUCAGAUGCUGUGGUGCAAGCAGGAGCACGACCCCUACGUUGGUCACGCCUACAACGAGAUCAACCAUCAGCUUCACCUGGGAAACACACAUAAUUUCAUGCAGCCGUCUCUUCUGCACAAUAUCACAGGGUUAGAUUCCUCAAACAUUGAGCAAAGCCCAGGUUCUAACAGCAAUUCGUAUGGGGAUGGCAGCAUGGUGCCAGCGGUGGGGGCGUUGAUCGUUCAAGAUGGUAAUCAACGCCAUGGCAAUGGCUAUUUUCUUGGAAAUGAUGAGGGGAAGUUUCUUGAUUAUGAGACCAUGUUUAGAUCAGCAGAUGCACAUAACCAGGCAAGAAAUCUUCACCACCAAUCUCAGGAUCCAUCAUCAAAUCUAGCAAAGGCUACCAAUAAUCUUUAUGAUCAAGGCUCAACUUCUACUACCAGGAUUCCUUCUGUUGUCCCAACUGGCUUGGCAGCUGCAAGAGCAAAAAAUGGGGCUGGGAAUCAAGUGGCCUCGACUUUCAGUGUGGAACGACACAUGAAGCUCGGCCUCACUGCUGCAUGAGAAGCCUUGGACCCUAA